ACCAUGCCGCGUUUUAGGAAAGAAAGGACUUGUCCAGGAGACGAGACAGAUUAUAAGUCUGUUCUUUUGGAAAAUAGGUUCUGUACAUCAUUUAUUUUGGCUGAUAAAUACUUCACAGUUAAUCAGGAAGUGUUUUUCAUGAUCAGAUAAGUUCUUGUGCUUGCAUUUGCUGGUUAGAAGCAGGGGGAGGAGGAAAUAUCACACUAUAUCUGUCCUGGGACUCUCUCCAAGACAGGCUGCAGCACCCACAAACAUGGUGGUUCAAUGCAACAGAGGAAAGAGGGGAAACUGAGACUCUCAGCUGGGAACUUCUGGGCUGCAAGAAGACCAAAACCACACCGGGGCAGAUCAGAUCAGUCAGAACCUGAAACCUUUGGCACCGAUCAGGGCAGAAAGCAGACCGGACAAGAUCAGCCCUCUGAAUAUAACACAGUAAACAACUGCAGACGACAGAGAGGGGCAGAGUGUGAAAAUUAUCAGGAAAAAAUCUUCCGAGACAAAGGAGACAAACAGUCAUGCCAGGCUCAGGAGGAGUAGACCCAAAGGGAGAAGAUUUCUCAACUGCCAUCCUAAAGCAGAAACACAGACCUAACAGACUCAUUGUGGAUGAAGCUCUCAAUGAAGACAGCAGCAUUGUCAGCCUAUCACAGAAUAAGACGGAGGAGCUGCAGCUCUUCCGGGGGGACACAGUGGUGUUGAGGGGGCGGAAACGCCGUCAGACAGUGUGUAUCGUCCUGACGGAUGACACCUGUGGAGAUGAACGGAUCCGUAUGAACCGUGUGACCCGCAACAACCUGCGUGUCCGGCUUGGUGAUGUCAUCAGUAUCCAUGCUUGCCCUGAUAUCAAGUAUGGAAAGAAGAUCCAUAUCCUCCCUAUAGAUGACACCAUUGAGGGCCUGACAGGGAACCUCUUUGAGGUUUUCCUCAAACCAUACUUUCUGGAGGCAUACCGCCCCGUACAUAAAGGUGACAUCUUCCUGGUGAGGGGGAGCAUGCGGGCAGUGGAAUUCAAGGUGGUGGAGACAGACCCCAGCCCUCACUGCAUUGUUGCCCCCGACACUGUCAUCUACUGUGAGGGAGAGCCAAUCAAAAGAGAGGACGAGGAGGAGAGUCUUAAUGACAUCGGCUACGACGACAUCGGAGGCUGUCGAAAGCAGCUUGCACAGAUUAAAGAGAUGGUGGAGCUUCCUCUCAGACACCCCGGUCUUUUCAAGACUAUAGGAGUGAAGCCCCCCAGAGGUAUCCUCCUGUAUGGCCCUGCAGGUACAGGGAAGACCCUGGUUGCGCGGGCUGUAGCCAACGAAACCGGUGCCUUCUUCUUCCUCAUCAAUGGUCCUGAGAUCAUGAGUAAGCUGGCGGGAGAGUCAGAGAGCAACCUGAGAAAGGCCUUUGAGGAAGCAGAGAAAAACGCUCCAGCCAUCAUCUUCAUUGAUGAGCUGGACGCCAUCGCCCCCAAGAGAGAGAAGACGCAUGGAGAAGUGGAGAGACGUAUAGUGUCCCAGCUCCUGACCCUGAUGGAUGGCCUGAAGCAAAGAGCUCAUGUGGUUGUCAUGGCAGCAACAAACCGACCUAACAGUAUUGACGCUGCACUGAGACGCUUUGGCAGGUUUGACCGUGAGAUCGACAUUGGAAUCCCAGAUUCGACUGGCAGACUGGAGAUCCUGCAGAUCCACACCAAAAACAUGAAACUGGCUGACGACGUCGACUUGGAGAGGAUCGCCACAGAGACCCACGGCCAUGUGGGCGCUGACCUGGCUGCUCUGUGCUCAGAAUCUGCUCUGCAAGCCAUCCGCAAGAAGAUGACCCUCAUAGACCUGGAGGACGAUACCAUCGAUGCUGACCUGCUCAACUCACUGGCUGUCACCAUGGACGACUUCCAGUGGGCGCUGAGUCAGAGCAACCCGUCAGCUUUGAGAGAAACUGUUGCAGAGGUACCUCAGGUCAACUGGGAGGACAUCGGAGGACUGGACGAGGUCAAGAGAGAACUGCAAGAACUGGUUCAGUACCCCGUCGAGUAUCCGGACAAGUUCCUAAAGUUUGGGAUGACCCCAUCUCGGGGAGUGUUGUUCUAUGGUCCCCCAGGCUGUGGGAAAACCCUUCUGGCUAAGGCCAUUGCCAACGAGUGCCAGGCGAACUUUGUCUCCAUCAAAGGACCCGAGAUGCUCACUAUGUGGUUUGGAGAAUCAGAGGCCAAUGUCAGAGAUGUCUUUGAUAAGGCCAGGCAAGCAGCUCCCUGCAUCUUGUUUUUCGACGAGUUGGACUCCAUUGCCAAAUCCAGAGGGGGCGGUGCUGGGGAUGCAGGUGGUGCAGCCGACAGAGUCAUCAACCAGAUACUCACAGAGAUGGACGGCAUGUCCGACAAAAAGAAUGUUUUCAUCAUUGGCGCCACAAACAGACCAGACAUCAUAGAUGCAGCCAUCCUGCGGCCGGGCCGUUUAGAUCAGCUCAUUUACAUCCCGCUCCCAGACAAACGCUCUCGGACCGCCAUCCUACGCGCCAACCUCCGCAAGUCCCCUGUCGCACGUGAUGUGGAUCUUGAAUACCUGUCUGGCAUCACAGAGGGUUUCUCCGGAGCUGACCUGACAGAGAUCUGCCAGCGGGCUUGUAAGCUGGCCAUCCGUGAGGCCAUCGAGGCCGAGAUCAAGGCUGAGCGUCAGAGGCAGAGCAGACCAGGCAUCCCCAUGGAUGAGGACUUUGAUCCAGUCCCAGAGAUCAGGAAGGACCAUUUUGAAGAGGCAAUGCGAUUUGCUCGGCGCUCUGUUAGUGACAAUGACAUCCGCAAAUAUGAGAUGUUUGCUCAAACUCUGCAGCAGAGUCGAGGUUUCGGGAACUUCAGGUUCCCCUCAGCUACUGGUUCCCAGUCUGGAGGUCAAGGGUCUGGCUCUGGGUCAGGGAGGCCAGGCCUGUUCAGAGAAGAAGGUGACGAUGAUCUUUAUCAGUGACAGAAACAUCAUCGUAUAACGGAACAGCUGCACAAUAUUUUCCUCUUCCACGACUGUGCUUUUGCUUCCUUGGAAGAAUGGAAACAGGAGAAUAAUGGGAGUGGAAACGGGAAACAGAGGGACAUGAUCGUAAAAAUAAUUGUAAGGAAUCUUUUUUAAAAGAAAAGAAGAAGAUUUCAAACAAGAAAUCAGAUGAAAAAUGUUGUUAUAUUAUGUUAUUAUAUAGAGUUUCAUGGUAAAAACCAAUAGACAUGUUAGACAUUUGCACUGAAAUAAAAAAAAGCACUGGGUUUGUACACACUGUAUUCUGCCUGCACUAUGAAAACAAUGUAAGUUGUGUGUCUGUGUGAGUCGAAAAUGUAAGAAAUAAAUAUAUUUGUAUGGCUUUA